AGCGAACGUCGUCGCGGAGGACGGUGGGUGCGGGGCCUGCGCGCGCCCUGGGACAGGAAUAUAUUUCCGAUUACCUGAAUCUCAACCAUGUUGUCAAACUGCUUAGCAAAUUUCCUAAAAACUACAAGCCCUCAUCUUCUCUACCCAAGAUUAUGCCAGCGGUUAACAAGAAGUAAAAGGAGGCUCUUUGGCACUGCAGCAACGUCCAAAUUUCGAAGGCGGGUUGUCAUUACAGGCAUUGGCUUAGUGACUCCUCUGGGUGUUGGAACUCAACUGGUUUGGGAGCGUCUUAUCCGAGGAGAAAGUGGAAUUGUUUCACUCACUGGUGAAGAGUAUAAGAGUAUUCCUUGCAGUGUUGCUGCGUAUGUGCCAAGAGGUGGUGAUGAAGGUCAGUUCAAUGAACAAAACUUCGUGUCCAAGUCAGAAAUCAAGUCUAUGUCUUCUCCUACCAUCAUGGCCAUUGGGGCUGCAGAGUUAGCCAUUAAAGAUUCCGGCUGGCAUCCUCAAUCCGAAGCUGACCAAGCAACUACUGGUGUUGCAAUUGGCAUGGGAAUGGUUCCUCUUGAAGUCGUUUCUGAAACUGCUUUGAUGUUUCAGACAAAAGGUUAUAAUAAAGUCAGCCCGUUCUUUGUCCCUAAGAUUCUGAUCAAUAUGGCAGCAGGCCAGGUCAGCAUUCGAUAUAAACUCAAGGGUCCCAAUCAUGCAGUGUCCACAGCCUGCACCACAGGAGCUCAUGCUGUGGGAGACUCUUUUAGAUUCAUAGCCCAUGGUGAUGCCGACGUGAUGUUGGCUGGAAGUACAGAUUCCUGCAUUAGCCCUUUAUCUCUUGCUGGGUUUUCCAGAGCCCGAGCUCUGAGCACGAACUCAGAUCCUAAGUUGGCGUGUCGGCCAUUUCAUCCAGAAAGAGAUGGUUUUGUAAUGGGAGAAGGCGCAGCCGUGCUGGUGCUGGAAGAACACGAACAUGCUAUUCAGAGAGGGGCCCGGAUCUAUGCAGAAGUUUUGGGCUAUGGACUCUCAGGCGAUGCUGGUCACAUAACGGCUCCUGAUCCUGAAGGAGAAGGGGCCUUAAGGUGUAUGGCUGCUGCUAUAAAAGAUGCAGGUGUACAGCUGGAAGAGAUAUCCUAUGUCAAUGCACAUGCUACUUCCACACCAUUGGGAGAUGCUGCUGAAAACAAAGCUAUUAAACACCUCUUCAAAGACCACGCAUCUUCCCUUGCAAUUUCUUCAACUAAGGGAGCCACAGGACAUCUCCUGGGAGCAGCAGGGGCUGUUGAGGCUGCUUUUACCACACUAGCGUGCUAUUAUAAAAAACUACCGCCUACUUUAAACCUGGAUUGUACAGAACCAGAAUUUGAUCUCAAUUAUGUUCCACUCAAGGCACAGGAAUGGAAAACUGAGAAAAGACGUAUUGGACUCACCAAUUCUUUUGGUUUUGGUGGUACCAAUGCAACUCUUUGUAUUGCUGGUAUGUAGAUCAAAUCAUUUGUAAUCAAAUGUGGAUUUUUUUUUAAUGUUAUAAGCGAAGAAAUAAUAUGUCUGUGAAUAUUUAUAUAUCAGCACCCAGAUACCCUUUGUUAAAGUUUCUCAGCCCUGGCACUAUUGAUUGGUAGGGUAAUUCUUUGCUGGGGUAUGAGGGGCUGUCCUGUGCAUUGCAGAAUGUUUAUCAGCGCCUUGGUUUCUUCCUAUGAAAUUCUAAUAGCACUUCCUUCUCCAGAUGGGACAACCGAAAAUGUCUCUAGACAUUGCCACAUGUUUUCUGGACAGCAAAAUAACCUCACAUGGGAACCACAGAUCUAAGUUUUCCUAAUAGGAUAGAUCAAACAACUUUUCAAAUGGCAUUUUUCUUGCUCCUGCCUGUUUCUCAGAUGUUUGGUAAGUAGCUACUCUGCUAGGCAGGAUUACUGCCUUGUACAAC